CAUCACUCAACACACAGUUUCAGUGAACAGCUUCAAUCUGACGAUCUCUCCUAUGCUCCGCCUUACAUAAUAGUUUCUCUCUCCCUCACUCGGACCUCUCUUCAAUUGCUCUCAUUUGCCUCUUCAUGACUAAUCAGAUUGUGUCAAUGCUGUUUUGUUGAUCUGAAUCUGAAUUUGUAGUUUCAGGAACUUUGAGCUAGCGUGGCGGUUCGGCUUGAUUUAGAUUUUUCUGGUUGAACUGGUCAAAAGAUGGCUUCGAUGACCCAGUGUCCGACAUCAUUUUCUGGGAAUUUGUCUUCCAAGCCUACUGCUUCUGAUCUUCUUAGGAGCUCAAAUAAUGGUGCUUCCGGUGUUCCCCUAAGAGCCCUUGGUAGGGCCCAACUGGGAGCGAAAAGGAGGGACUUCUCUAUAUCUGCAAAGGUUAGGAAAACAAAGAAGCAUGAAUACCCAUGGCCAGAAGAUCCGGACCUGAACGUGAAGGGUGGAGUCCUUAGCCACUUGUCACCUUUCAAGCCUUUGAAAGAGAAGCCAAAGCCAGUUACUUUGGCUUUUGAGAAGCCUCUGAUGGAUCUCCAGAAAAAGAUAGUUGAUGUCCAAAAGAUGGCGAAUGACACUGGUCUGGAUUUCAGCGAUCAAAUUAUUUCACUAGAAAAUAAAUACCAACAGGCUCUGAAGGAUCUCUACACGCAUCUGACUCCUAUACAACGUGUCAAUAUUGCACGACAUCCAAACAGGCCAACAUUUCUUGAUCAUGUUUUCAAUAUUACUGAGAAGUUUGUAGAGCUUCAUGGUGAUCGAGCUGGAUAUGACGAUCCUGCUGUUGUCACUGGACUUGGUACCAUAAAUGGCAGAAGCUACAUGUUCAUGGGCCAUCAGAAGGGAAGGAACACGAAAGAGAAUAUUCAGCGCAACUUCGGGAUGCCUACCCCUCAUGGUUACAGGAAGGCCCUACGCAUGAUGUACUAUGCUGAUCACCAUGGAUUUCCGAUCGUCACCUUUAUUGACACUCCAGGGGCAUAUGCUGACCUUAAAUCUGAAGAACUAGGACAAGGAGAAGCAAUUGCACAGAACUUGAGAACCAUGUUUGGUCUAAAAGUACCGAUUGUUUCAAUUGUUAUGGGCGAGGGUGGCUCUGGCGGAGCUCUGGCUAUUGGUUGUGCUAAUAAGCUGCUAAUGCUUGAAAAUGCAGUCUUCUAUGUUGCCAGCCCUGAAGCAUGCGCUGCAAUCUUGUGGAAGACUGCAAAAGCUUCUCCAAAGGCUGCUGAGAAACUAAAGAUAACAGCAACUGAGUUGACAAAGCUGCAGAUUGCCGAUGGCAUCAUACCUGAACCUCUUGGAGGUGCACAUGCAGAUCCCUAUUGGACUUCUCAACAGAUAAAAACUGCAAUUGUUGAAACAAUGGAUGAACUCGUAAAGAUGGACACUGAAUCAUUACUAAAACACAGGGCUCAAAAGUUUCGGAAAAUCGGUGGAUUCCAAGAGGGGAUCCCAAUUGAUCCCAAAAGGAAGAUCAACAUGAAAAAGAAAGAAGAACCUAUAGUUCAGAUGAGUAAGACUUCGGAGGUGGAAUUGAAGGAUGAGAUCGACAAACUGAAACAACAGAUUUUAGAAGCCUCCAAGUCAUCCACAGGCUCCCCCGAGAGAGGAUUAAAGGAGAUGAUUGAGAAACUUAAGAUAGAGCUCGACUAUGAAUAUAACGAGGCUGCAAAAGCUCUAGGCAUGGAGGAAAAAAUCAUGAUGGUCCGUGAAGAAGUUGUAAAAUCGAGGAAUGUCAAUGAUCAGCUUGCACAUCCCGCUUUAAAGGAGAAGAUCGAACAGCUGAUAGACGAAUUUGAGGAUAGCCUUCCUUCGGCACCCAACUACUCUAGCCUGAUGUAUAAGCGUGACAUGCUGAAUGAUUUGUCAAAAGCUUUCGAUUUCUCAAAGAAGAGCCCCGACAAAGCUGACUUGAAAAGUGAAAUCAAUAAGAGAUUCAAAGAACUUGUAGAACGUCCUGAUGUUAAACAAAAGAUUGAAACACUGAAGGCUGAGCUAUCAAACUCGGGAGUAACGGAUGUUAGGUCAAACCCGGAGCUAAAUGAGAAGGUUGCUAAGUUGAGCAGUGAGUUAGAUUCGGAAUUCAAAGACGUUCUUGAAUCUUUGGGUUUGUUCGUGGUACCUUCCGAAGCCAAGGCAAAAUUAGAUGCUUUUAACAGAGAAGUCAAGAUGACUAUAGAUGAUGUCGUCAAGUCCUCAGAUUUGAAAAACAAAAUCGAGCUGCUGAAGGCAGAGGUGGCAAGAGCUGGAAAUACACCAGAUGAAGAAUCAAGAAGCAAGAUCGAGGCCUUGGCUGCAGAAACGAAGCAAGCCAUUGCUGAGUCCAUAAACUCCACGGAAUUGAAAGAAAAACACGAGAUGUUGGUGGCUGAGAUGAUAGAAGCUGCAACUGAAUCUGAAGAUGACCAAUCCAAGCUCCACGAUUCUCAAGUAAAUGUCAAUCUGGAAACCAACCGCAGCUUCACCUGAUGUAAUGGUUGCCUGCCUAAGAGUUUGUAAGAAGCACGUCAGCAUGCUCAAGAAACCUACCAUAAGUCUACUAGCAUCAGUUGCUGGCAUUCGUAGGAGCCUGGUAACUAGAAGAGGAUUUGCUUCCCGGUUUCAUAUUUGCUUGGGUGUUUCUUUGAAUGAUAUACGUGACUUUCAAUCGACUUGAUUUGCAGUUUGUGCCUUGUGGUAGAUGGAUGUAGACACAUUUUAUAGAUGACCUCAGUUCCAUCCAAAUAUUGGGCAUAUUUUGUGAACUUUGGUAGUAUUUGAGACAUAUAUUGUACUUUGAUAAGAUUAGAUAAAAGGAUAUUACGACGUAUGUGGAAAACUUUUUAAUAAAAUGGUUUGGUGAUAUUUGUUUCUUUUUCCUA